AAUGUUGGAUGCACCUAGCAACACCCUCCUUACUUGUGUUUCUUAAAAUCGUCAAUCCUGCGUUAUUAGGGUUUGCAACCUUGAACUCUGAAGCUGUAAUACUACAGAAUGGGGCGCAAAGAGAAGCAGAACACGAAGGCAAUAGAGGAGGAACGCGACCAAGACAAUUUUAAUGGCGCUUCAACGCCGCCACUCGUUUUCAGCAGCGACGACGACGAAGCCAACCAAGAUCUCAGCCUCAAGAUCAUCAAAAAGGCCAUGCGAAUGCGCACCGCCAAGCACGCCCCAAACGACGACGUUUCGUCUCCGUUUUCGCAGAAACCUGAUCUCGCAUUGCCCCCAAGCGGCGGUGUUUCGGAUGGGCCCAGCGCAAUCGCUGAUUCAGAAGUGAUGGAAAAGAAGAAAACGGCGAAGUUGAAGGUGGAGGCUGGGGAUCAAAGUGUUGUUAUAGCGGAGGAGCAAGAGAUGGAGGAGACAAUCAAUGCUACAGAGAAUCAUGUGGAAGGAAGACCAGAGAUAGGUGACAAUAUGGUUCUGCGAAAGCUGCUUCGGGGUCCGAGGUAUUUUGAUCCACCAGAUAAUAGUUGGGGAGCAUGUUUUAAUUGCGGUGAGGAAGGUCAUGCUGCUGUGAACUGUUCAGCGGUGAAGCGGAAGAAACCGUGCUAUGUUUGUGGUUGUUUGGGACACAAUGCAAGACAAUGCAGUAAGGUGCAAGAUUGCUUUAUCUGCAAGAAAGGUGGUCACCGUGCUAAAGACUGUCCGGAGAAGCACACAAGUACUUCUAAAAGCAUUGCUAUUUGCUUAAAGUGUGGAAAUUCGGGGCAUGAUAUCUUUUCCUGCAGGAAUGAUUAUUCACAGGAUGAUCUCAAGGAAAUUCAAUGUUAUGUCUGCAAGAGACUUGGCCAUCUAUGCUGUGUCAAUACUGAUGAUGCAACAGCAGGAGAAAUUUCUUGUUACAAAUGUGGUCAGCUGGGUCAUAUGGGUUUGGCAUGUUUAAGGUUGCAGGAUGAGAUUGCAAGUGGAGCCACACCUAGUUCAUGCUUCAAAUGUGGUGAAGAAGGACAUUUUGCCCGGGAGUGCACAAGUUCUAUAAAUUUUCCUCCACAGUCAGGGAAGGGGAAUUGGGAAUCAUCACGCACAAAAGAUAAAAGAUCUCAAAAAGAAAAUCGUUACAUGGGAAAUAGAUCUGCACCUAAUGAUAUUAGUGGGGCUCGUAGAAAGAAACGGUCUCCUACAGAAGAAAGAGGCUUUUCAACUCCCAAGAAAUCAAAGAGUAGAGGUGGUUGGAUGGCGGAGUAUCCUACCAAAGAAAGAGGCUUUACAACUCCAAAGAAAUCCAAGAGUAGAGGUGGCUGCACAACGGAGCAUCCUUCAGAACAACAAGACUAUGCAACUCCCAAGAAAUCCAAGAGUAGAGGUGGAUGGACAUCCGAGCAUCCUGAAGAAUUCUUUCCUCCCUUGUCCUCAAGGAGCAAGGGUUACAGGUCUCCAGGGACACCAUCUUCUAGAAACGAUAGAAUUCAUUCAUUUGGCGGUGGAAGUCAUACUCCAAGUUACAAAUCUUCCAAGGUAUGGAAUGGUCAUACGGGAACCUCAAUGUCUCAAGGGUCAGCCAGGUCAAAUCAUCAUAGAUAUUCAGCAUCAAGGUUUGGCAACUCUAGUAGUGAUGGGCAUGGUAGAAAUUACAACUGGUGGUAGCGAUCAUGCAUAUGCUGCAUUAUGUCCUCUAUAAUUCCUUUUGUAAACUCGUAAAACAACACCUGCAAGUUUUUUAAAUUUAUAUUUAAUUUUUCCUUUCAGAUAUCUAUUCAAUGAUACUGUGGUAAUUCUUUCAAAUUUAUGGAUCUGUUUUAAGGGUAUCCAAAUUCCCUGUUGAACUUCAUUUUUGUUUGUAUCACUACUUUGAAUAUCUUUCAAGUCAAGGGAAACACUGUAAAGUAA